AUCCUGUUGAGACGGAAGCAGAGCACUGACUGAGGACUCCCAACAGUUCCAGGCAUGCACACCAAGGUACUUACCAGCCUGCUGCUGAUCACCUUCAUAGCCACAAGCCUUUUAAGAUCUGUGUCCACGUCCUAUCAGGGGGGUGGCAGGCUAAGCAGGCAAGCCAAGGCUGGACCACAACCGGAGAGGAUGCAGAGGAGCAGCAGUGGCGGUCCCAUCCGCAGGGAGUGGCCAGGACAUCUUUCUGAGGACCAGAAGGAUUUGGUCGCCCAGUUCCUGCCUUACCUCCGUACAGAAUUUGCUGGCAGAGUGCAGGACCCAGAGGCUCAUUACCCCAGCUGGAUGGACUUUGGACGGCGAAGCUCUGAGGACUUGGAAGGAGAGGCCUAAGUGACCCGUUUCCCAGGCCAAGCCAGGCGGGGAAGGAAGAGGCAGCGAUGCACAUUCUAAAUACAUUAUGAGCAUUUUGUAAAUGUCCAGACCCGUUCCUCUUGCGUGUCUGUGCCAAUAAAGCUGUGCC